AAAAAAAUUAGAAGGCGGCAGCGUCGUUUUGAAAAUUAAGAAGAAGAAUAGUGAAUUAAGAAUAAAAGAUGUCGUCGGAUGAUGCUAAAUAUCCUUGCAUUAUAUGUCAGCAGUUGACAAAUUCAAUAAGCGAUCUUCAUAAUCAUCAGAAAUACUUACACACAUCUGAAGAGUUAUCGAUGUCCGUUAUACAUCUUGUGCAUUAUAUGUGCAUGGAAAGAAAUUUGAUGAGCGUAAGACAACUUUUUGAAAUUCCAAACUAUUCUCUUACGCUGCAGCAAAACUGUGCCAACGUUGAUCGUAACUCUUGUCCUGCUUACGUACCCAAUGAAAAUGGCCAAACCCCAUUGCAACUGCGUUGUAGCGAAGAGAAUAGCUCGUUAAUUGUCCCUAACAAGUGGGAAAUUGAGUUUGGAAAGGUAGAGGAAAUCAGCGACGAGACUUUUUUCAAUAGCGUAAACGGCAUUUGCCGCGAUUUGGUGAAUAUCAUGGAUAGGGAAAGAAAAAACUGUGAUAAAUUUAAAGGACCUAAAACGACGCCUAUAAAAUGUAGAUCCAGAAAAGUUAGCGCGAGAACUGCAGUUACUCGCAAAAAUGAUGACAAAAAUCAUUCCAAAACUUUGAUUCGGCAGGAAGAGAAAGCGAAUCGUGAUUUCUUGCAAAAUGUAACGACAGACUAAAGCUCAAGAGGCAAUGAAAGUUCGAACGUUCCGAGUCAAUCGAGACUUGCGAGCUUUGA